UCCGCUUUUUACCCUUACGAGGAAAAACCAAGUCUCGCCCUUCUCCAUCAACAACUCGCCUUGGUCGCUGUCCCCGCAAUCUGGCCCUCCCCCAUUUAAAGCCUCGCGUCAUUCCCGGUUGCUCUGGAUGUGGCUAUCUUUCUAAACCCCUUUCGCCUGGACAGUCCCUCUGUUGUCUUUUUUGCAUUAUCUAGCCAUGGGUAUUCCAUUGUUCUGCGAGGCUUCCUCGACCGAUGCUUCCAAGAACAAUCCCGCCAAAGACUCAUGUGCCGUUGCACGCUCCGCAAUCCGUCGCCAGCCUACGGUUCGCCGUGCUUCGCGUUAUGGUUCCGCCUUGCGCAGCGCAACUCUCCGAUCGCCUUUCCCCCGUCCGCUAGUGGAUGAGAUUGAGCGCGAGGCCAGUGGUCUCCAGCGUCAUGUACGCUCUCCGCUUUCGAACUCAAGUACCGCCGAUGACCCAUUCGAUCUAACUAGCGGCAUCCUGGAUCCCGGUCGACGCGAAUCGGGCCAGCGACUGCUGAACGAUGCGCUCCGCCAUGGCCGCCCAGGUCAGCGCCUAAGGAUUCCGCGCAGUUCGGCCUUGCCCGAUCUAUACCGCCCGUCGCCAGGGGAUGACGCGAACAACCGGUCGGACCUGGUUCAUCCCCCAUUCACACCGCGGUUUGCUCCUGCGAUCGCGUACCAUAGGACUGCGUCUCCGCAAAUGCGCGCAGAUGGCGCCCGUCUGUCACCGUUUAUUCGACCAGAUGGAUUUGGAGGGGAUAUCUCUGUCGCAGCGGCCUUUCCUUCGCUACGACGAGUCGGUGAACGAUCGAUCACCGAGGCGAGCCGUCCCAAUCGCGAGUCUGCUGUGGAUGGUCUUGGUGAUCGACAGAGAAGCCUGAGCCCGGAUGAUGACCAUGCUAACGAUGCAUGGGAGACGCUUCUUACCACUAUCACGCCGGAUACAAACCUUCCCAGCGCAGAUUCCUCCUUCACGUCCGCGUCUGCCUCUGGAACGAAUGCCUCGACGAUUGGGACGGCUAGAAGCUCUGCAACCUCGUUGCAGAGCAUGACCAACCCCUUGGACUCGGGCGCGGGGACCGUGCAGAUGGUGCUCGAUCCAUACGCGGAGUUUCUCCAUCCCUGCGACUAUCCAAGCUCCAGCGAUUCGGAUAGUGAUUCCGAAUCGGGGAUCUCCCAGCAGUCGUUGUUCCGACGGUACCGUCGCAUUCGCCAGAUGGAAUCUUUGAGACGGGCACAGCACCUGCAGUCGACGAUGAGCAACCACCCUCCGAUACCUACCAUAUCCUUUGCAUUUUCUGACUCCUCUUCCACCGACCCAGAUUUGCAGCAGAUGCAAGCCAUUCUUGAUCGACUUGCGCGACGCGAGGAUAUCCCAGAUGAGUGGUGGGCGGCAGCUGGACUGUCCCGCACCCUUGGCCGCCGGCUCGGCAUACCCGAUGACUCUAAUGACACGGAUAGCGUGGAUGGGCGGCUACGGCCGCGGUGACUUGGUUAUUUUCUGUCAAUGUGUUAGAUACCGAGCUUAGUUCAUUGGCCAUUGUGCUUUAGCGGGGAUCUUGUU